AGGGCUGAGCGGAGGCGAGAGGCGGGCUGCGCUGCGCCGGGCCGGGCCGGGGGGGCGACGGUGACGGCGGCGGGCGGCCGGCUGGCUGGCCGGCACCACCUCCUCCUUCUCCUCUGCCGGGCGCGGAGGGGAGUGGCGGGGUGGCUGCCUCAUCCCCCUCCCUGGGCCAGCCAUGGAUUUCCACAAUAUCCUCGUGAUGGCCUCGGAGCAGCAGGGACUGAACUCGGUGCCGGAGCAUGCCACGUCCCCGGCGCGGGUCGGGGACAAAGGCCGGCAAGUUUUGGAUGUGUGCGGCGCUGCCCGGUGCCUUCGUAUCCACCGCUGAGGAGCAGCCGGCAACAGCUGCGCGGGGAUGUUGGCGAAAGAAAAGGUACAGUUUGGCUGUUGGUCCUCCUAAAAAGGUUCCAAAAGUCAAGGGUGUAGAGUCUGCAGCAGUGCAAGCAUUUCUUAAACGGCAAGAAGAAGAAAAAAGAAAAAAAGCACUGGAAGAAAGAAGAAAGAAGGAAGAACUCUUGGCUAAGCGUAUUGAACUGAAACAUGACAGAAAGGCAAGAGCUAUGGCCUCACGAACAAAAGAUAAUUUUUAUGGCUAUAAUGGCAUUCCCGUUGAAGAGAAGUUUAAAAAAAAGAGGUCUUGUGAGAACAUCACUCAGGCCCCAGAGGCUGAGUAUGCAACGGAAGAUGACACAGAGCAACUUGAAUACAGUCAGACUGAAUCUGAGCACGAGCAAGAAGAACAUGAAGAGAAACCAUCCAAACUUGCAGUGAAACCCAAAGCACCUCCCAAAAGUGCACCAGCACCUCUGAACUUUGCUGAGCUCUUAAGGCUUGCUGAAAAAAAACAGUAUGAACCAGUGGAAAUAAAAGUAGUGAAAAAGGUAGAAGAGAGACCCAGAACAGCGGAAGAAUUGAGAGAGAGGGAGUAUUUGGGACGGAAAAACAAGAGAGUAGACAUGCAUAAGAAAAGUGAGAAGGAGAUUAAGAGUACAGGGUUAUCGAGCUCUUCAAAAAAAGUUACUUCUCACAAAGAAUCUGUAAAUGCAAAACUUAACAGAAGCUCAAUGGAUAAACAUUCUGCACUGAAAGGCAGUCUGUUGUCUACGAGUGGUACUGAUAGGAAAUCUAAAGCACCAGCACUGGCUGAAAAACACUUGCGGUCAUCAUCUUCCUCCAGAAUUGAUCAAAUGGAAAAAGCCUCACAAAAUGGUUCCUUAAAAAGCUCUACUGGUGGCAAUCAUAGUAAAUUACCUGUCAAUGGUACUGGAAAGUCUGGCUCAAGCUCUCAGGUGCCACCCUCAAAACCAGCAGCCAAUGGGGCUCAGAGGAUACCAUCUGCUAAAGAAUCCAGUCUGAAAAAGUCUGCCCAUGCAAAAUCAGGAAGUGCUUCAGCCCUUCAGCAUGGAAUCAACUCCAAUGCAAAACGAUCGGGCAGCAGCUUAGGAAAAGGAGGACCUGGACAUCCAGGUGGUCGUUCAGGUGCAGGACCCGGGCGACCAAGCAGCAAUGCUGGUGUGGGACCUGGAAGGCCAGGCAGCAGCUCAAGCCUGGGACCUGAGCGACAGGGCAGUGGCUCAGGCAUGGGACCUGGAAGGCUGGCUGGCAGCUCGAGCACAGGACUGGGGCGACUAGGCAGCAGCUUGAGCACUGGACCAGGAAGGCCAGGCAUCAGCACAAAUGCCCGACCUGGGCGACCAGGCAGCAGCGUGGGUACAGGACCAGGAAGGCCAGGAGUCGACCCAAGCACUGGAUCUGGGCGACCAGGCAGCGGCUUGGGAACAGGACCGGGAAGGCCAGGAAUCUGUCCAAGCACAGGAGCUAAGCGGCCAGGCAGCAGCUUGGGGACAGGACCAGGAAGGCCGGGCAUCAACCCAAGCACAGGACCUGGGCGACCAGGCAGUGGCUUGGGUACAACUGUGAAACCAAAGUGUACUGUUGUAUCGGAAACUAUUUCUUCUAAAAACCUAGUCACAAGACCUAGCAAUGGACAAAUAAAUGGAAUGAGAUCUUUUCAAGGGCAUAGACCUGCAUUUCAUCCACAAGGUCUUGGAAGACCACCUAUUAAUUACAAGAGACAAAUAGAAGAUGAUGACGAUGAUGAGUAUGACUCUGAAAUGGAUGACUUCAUUGAAGAUGAAGGGGAGCCCCAAGAAGAAAUAUCAAAACAUAUUCGGGAAAUAUUUGGCUAUGACCGGAAAAGAUACAAAGAUGAAAGUGAUUAUGCCUUACGUUAUAUGGAGAGCAGCUGGAGAGAGCAACAGAAAGAAGAAGCUAGGAGCUUGAGACUCGGUGUUCAGGAGGACUUAGAAGAAUUGAGACGGGAAGAAGAAGAAUUAAAACGCAAGAGACAGUCUAAGAAGCUGAGGACACGUUAACUGACUCAUGGUGUUGACUUUGUUCAUGUUUCUGCUACCCUCUGCCUCCAUACAUCUCUGAUUCUACUUUAGUUUCCAUUUGCUUGUUAGAGGACAAAAGAAUAUUUAAAGGGAUUAAAGUACUGAAAAACAAGGCUUUUGUUUGACCUAAAUAAGAUAUUUAUUUUUAAUACUUGCCAGGGUUGGUUUUUUAAUGAAGAAAUUAAUGCACUAAUGCAUAUUAAGUGAAUAAAAUUGAUAGAUGUUUCCAUUGAUUAAACUAGUUCAAGAUGCCAGCAGAAAUAUUGACUAGCUAUGCACUGGCUCAGAACUGUGUGGGCCUAUAUACCAGUAAACUGAUUUUGCAUUCACUUGAAAGAAAGGAAUAGCAUUCUUGUUCCCUGAUAUUUCUUGAGACUUAAUGAAAUCGCUUUAGGUUCUGCUCUGUCUCCCAACUUGAGCCUCAAAGUAUUGAAAUGUCAUCUUCUGUACAGAAGCAGCUUGGGUAUAAAUUCAGCUGUUGCCACAGAUGUUCAAAGCAAUAAAGUGCUGCAUUAUUUUCUGAUUCGAGGACCCGUAAAAAUAAUUUGAACCUCUAUUUCUAAACAGAAAAGUCAUCUAAUUUGGAAAUUGUACAGUUACAGAUACAGCCAAAAGAUUAUGUUGGCUUUUGGCAUGUCUGGAAUUCCAAUGCCAGUCUAAUUCAGUAUGAUAAAUACAAACCCUGAAGACAGGAGUUUCUAGUGUUUGUAUGUGACUUGUGCUUUUGGGCUCAAGCUUAUGCUUGGGAAUUCUUUUCCUGCCCUGUAAAUCUUCACAUUUGUUUAACAGCUUCUGCUGCUUUUACAAAUUGUGUACAGUGCACAUGUUGUUUCUUGCAUUAAACAUCCGAUGUGUUAAAUGAUUUAAAAUGUGAAGCAGUCAUUUAUCUAAUUAGGUCUACUGUUUAGAAAGCACAUCAGAAUUAACUUUUGUUAGAAUGUAUUUGCAACUCUUUGAUAUUAACAGCUUCAUGUUAACUAGCAAAUACUUGUGAUUUCAUCAAACCAAAAAUCUAAAUUGUUAUGUAUAGCAAGAGAGUUUGUUCAGUUACUUACCUUAAUGCCCAUAUUUGCACAUUAUUUCUGUCUAUGCAUAUAAAGACUGUUUGCUUCAGUAACUGAAUUUGUUUACAAUCAGCACAGGGUUCACGUAAGUCUACAGGAGUGGUACUAAGAGUCUAAAGCUUGUAUCUGGUGUUGCACCUACUGUAAUCUCCCCAGGUUGCCCUUCAAGUCUCACCAGUAUCUACUGCUGGGCUUUGCCCCAGGAUUCCGUUGAUAGUACCACAGGCUUCAGCUGCUGAGACUGUUAUGUUUUAAUGCUAGAAGUACUUGGAAAAGUACAAAAAGGGCUUUGGGUGUUGGGGGGUGGGGUGCGGGAUGGGGUGAGGGGAGGAAGGGGAAGUGAAGGAAUAAAAAAGAAAAAUUGCCUUGUAGAAAACCACAAAGGAACCUUUCCUAUGGGGGCUACUCUUAACAGCACUGUCUCUAGGAAGCAGUUCAGGUAGCAACCUGUAAGGAACAAUCUUGGAAACUGCUGAAUUUUAAACAUCUGACUCUUAAUGUAAGAAAAAACAGAUUUGCCUUUUUAAGAUGUUUUCUGUCGAUGGUGUAGCAUUUCACUGCCUCAGUAAAACACUGACAUGAGUAAGCUAUUGGCAUAGCUUCUAUAAAUCAAUUCAGUAUUGGCUGACAGGGAGCCCAGAUGAAGAUCCCUCGUUGCUCCUCUGUAUUUUUAACUGUCUGUAUUAACCAACAAAACUGUUUCUCAAUGUAUGCACUUGAGACCAUGCAAGAUAGUGUAACCUCACUGCUUGUCUAAAAGUGUGUUGUAUUCACUUUGCUUCAUUGGGACCAUCUAAUUUUCUGUUGUAGUUCCUAGAUUAGCCAUUCAAGAUGAUGAACACCGGGACCAUGAUGAAGUUACUGGGGUUUUUUUACUACUUUUUAGCUGGAGAAAGGCUCUAGGUCUUAUAAACCCAGAUAGCUGUAUCAGCUGUGAGUAACUUCCUGCCUGGUGGGGAAAAAAGGCCUCUUAUGAAGCAAAAGAAAUAUAUUAAUUCAAAAUUGGUUCCGUUGGGAGUUAAAUCUGCAUUUCAGAUCAAUAUAGGUUAAAUAAAACUUGAUUAUUUCACUGCUUUCUGCUUACAAGAUCAGUUACAUUUCUUAAUCUGUAAAGCACUUUGUCAUUUGUCUUUUAGAUGGUGACUGGAAUGUACUCUGCUAGCCUCCCUAAGACACUGUGUAACUGUUUCGUCACACAGUGAUCAUUGCUUGAUUUUUGUCUAUUUCAUAUGAAAAAUUAUUCAAGGACACACUUGCAAUUUUACAGUUGAGAAGUACUUUCUCAUAAUUGGCAUGGAAUGCUAAUGGUUUUCAAAUUUUGUACAGAUGUUUGGAUUUUAGUGUGUUUGCAUUUGCUGCAUAUUUGUAAAGCGGCUAGGAAGGAACUAAAUUUUUGUUUGAUUUCUGACCUUGUAUCCAAAAAUGUUUACUGUUUGCUGGAUUAACAGUAUUAAUCUAAUGAGACUACUUCAGUACUUGUCCAAAGUGCAUCUGAAUUUGACGUUAAUAAAAACUGGAAGAAUGUUUAUAUUGGUUUACGACGAUCUGAUGUUAAGCUAAUGAUUUAAUUGUAUUUAAUGAAAUUCUGGUUUAGGUUCUACAUCUUUUUUUUUAAUUCACUGUUUGAAAAUGUGCCUUUUUUACUAAAUUGUGUCAAAAAAUAAUGAAUGUAGGAGUAUAAAAUGUUGGUUGGUUUCUGCUAUCUCAGAUUCUAUAUCCUUAAACUUGAUAGGGUGAAAUUACAUACUUCUCAUAAAACCCUUCCAGGUCUGGCUUUGAUCACAAUUCAGUAGCUACUUCUUUACUGCUAAUGUUAAAUCAAAUGAAGGGCACUUUCUAUUGAUGACUACUUUUUCAAAAUGUCUUGUAUUUACACUUGAGCUGUAUUUCACUUUGCAGCAAUGUCUUUUGGAGGCCAGGGUUUUGCAUAUCACAGGAAGCCUUAGUGUGCAGCUCUGUGCUGUGCUUUAAAAUAAAUUUUUUUCAAGAAUUAUAUGAGAUCUCUAUGGAAAUCUGGAUUUAUUUUUGUGUAAAGCCCAAAAUAUUGUCCAGGAGAACUAAUUUUCUAUUUCUUUUGCAUUUUGUAACAUAACCUAGUAGCUGAUGCAUAUUUCUGGAGACCAAAACAUGUCAUAAAGAAAAUAAAUAUAUGGAGAGACUGGUGUUUAAAUUGUGAUGAAUGUACUAUUUAUUUUGGUGAGUGGGUGUGAUGCAAUAUUAAAGUGUUAGUGUAUAAAUAAGGGUGAUUCUAGUUGUAGCCCAUUUUUUUUUCCUUUGGGGAUAUCAUUUAUGCAAAAUGUCUUUUUACACAAUGUGACAAACCAGGUUGAAGCCUCGUACGUAGCUUAACUGUUUUUCAGUGCUGUCUAGAAAGUGUAUACUUUUGCACACACCAAGUUGCAGAGUAUGUAUACAAUAAAUUAUAGGCAUUAAACGUUUUA